UUGAGUAGGACCCUUAAAGGUUUGCCUGGAGACACAAUCCCAGAUUGGUGCUGGCCUUUACACUGGGUUGAAGAAACCAUCCAGCACAGGAAGUUCAUUUACCUAACCUCCUCUGCUUGUGUUCACUGGUGAUUUGGUGAUUUAAGGAUGGGUCUACUAUCUAUUAGUGGUUUACUCAUCAGUCUUUCUGAGCUCAGAACACAGGCACAGUGAACCCUCUGCACUCUGUAAUGACAAACUUACCAAUCACUCCUAAUGGUGUGUUGAUGAUGGGGACUAAACAGUUUAUUAUGAUGGCCUGUACCAGGGCAAUGCAGUGGACUGGAUAUUGUGAAUACAGACUUCACUCUGGAAGCACAAUGUAGGUAGUGCGAGCCAUGGUGACAGUGCGUACUCACCGGAAACAAGCUGCUGGUAAUCCGUUCAUUUACUAUGUCAGAAAGAUGUUGGACAAUGUUGACCACUGUUGCCUCAUUUUCUCAAUCAAUGUGGAACAGCUGGCUACAGCUGGAUUUGUGGGCAAGACCAUCCACUAAGAAGAAAUACCUGUGUGUUGUUAUGUGUCCUAUCUUUUGCUGGGGCAAUGCAGGCGCUGCAGCUAGUUCAAAUCUGUCAUUGGAUAGUAGCACAGCAGUCAAAACACAGAGUAAAACUCUGAGUGUCUCUUCUGAAUAAUUUAUUUAAACACAAAUUUCAUUCUCUACUGAAUCUGUAACACCCUUUCCUUUGUUUGUCCAUUAAGAACUCUCUCCACUACUGCACUACCACGCUGUCCUCCACUCUGUCUGUGGACGUUGGAUAAGAGACUUUCUACUUGAUUUGCCUCACACUUUGUUUGAAUAUGAAGAACUAAAUCUAAAGAACAUUUUUCUUUACAAAGUUGAUUUGAAAGUUGAACUCAUGUGUGAGCACGAGACAGUACUUGGACUGGCAAAGUGAGAUUUUAGUUUUGGUUUUGAUUGUGUGGAGGUUUUUUUUUGUCCUUGUUCUUGUUCCUCAAUUUUCCUUGAGUGUUUACAGGACAAGUAGAGAUUUACCAAGGUGUACAGCCUUGUCAUAAUUUCUGGCCUCCAUUUCUACCCUGUUUUGUUAGCACCGUUAAAGGCCUAUGUGCCCUUCAGAAUAGGCAUAAAUAAACCAUUUGUAUUGUGUAAAUACUACUAUAGGUAAUUAAUUGAACUCAAACACAGUUACUCAGGUUCUACAACUUUGAUGAUCUCCAAGCCAGGUUUUUGUGACUAACUUGCCAUGAGCCUCCAUGGACAGGUGCCCAUAUUGAGUACACAGUUGGAAUAGUGACUUUUUAUUUGUUAGGUGGGAAUAAGCCACAGUUUAAGAGUGUUAAAACUUGGAUUUGGAGUUAUUAUUGUGGUCCAAAGAUCAGCCUACCAUUAAACAGAACUGUUCAGCCACCUCCUGCUUUCCUCUUUAGGCUUUUGAUGUAUUUUAGCAAGGUCCCUCCAUUGAAUUGUAGGCUCAUCUCCCAGUGUUUAUGUGUGCUCAAUUUUCCAAAAACAUCCCAGCUUUGUGCUUCAUUGUGAUUAAGUCGAAGACAGAUAAUUAUGCUGCUGGUUUGCUUUUGGAAAACCCAGCCGGGGCGAAGAGUGCCACUUUGAAAUGAACAAAAGCUAACAAUGAAGAAGCAAUAUGCCAAGUAACUUGUAAUCAGCGGUACUCUUCUUGUGCUGAAGUGAGCCAGAGCCAGGCUGUGCUGUGGAUUAGACAAACACAGGAAGUGCUUCUCGUUCCCUUGAAAUGUUUCCUUGAGCUUCCUGACUUACCUCUGCAAGACACAUGGAAAUAUAAUAUAGUGAAAUAUGAAUAUGACCAAAUACCACAUUUAUGCAUAUACACAUGAGAAUAGAUUUCAAAAUUCAAUGUCAAUACAUGUGUUACAUGCAUGUGUUACAUACAUACAAUACAUUAUAUAUAUAGAUAUAAAUAAAAUAAGAAGCUAAGAAGUAUUGACAAAAUUGUAAUUCUUAAUGUUAAGUAUGUAUUCUGAAAUUGUUUUAUAGCACAAAUUGAUUUGUGCUGUAAGAUACCGCUUAACAGGAAACAGGAGCCUUUUCAUAUAUUUUUAGCAACAUUUUUUGACUUAUAGUAUACAGUAUAUUAUAUUUCCUCUUUUUCAAAGAGCUAAAGGAAACGUUACAAGGUAAGAAAAGAUUUUUUGGGUGGUUUAAAUCCAGCCUCAUCUUGCUUCCAUCCAUCCCUCUACUUAUUCCCCGUUUCUGUCUGUAAAUACGUGAGCUCUUCCUGUGACCCCUGCUUAGAGCCGAGCCAGUUUCAGAUCAAUGUUUGUUUUGUGUUUGCCUGUUUACACGAGAGGGGUUCAGGACAAGACCAUCAGGGCAGGAAAGGGAGUAGAAACACUGCCUUUUGCUAAUUUUAUUUUUAAGCAAUUUAUAUAUUGUAUUGCUUCCGUUGUGUAUGUUGGUUUAUAAUUAUUCUAUUUUGUAAAAAAAAAAAAAAAAAAGAAAGAAAAGAAAAGAAAAAGAAAGAAAUAUUAAAUGAAGGUGAAAUAUAUUGCUUUUGUAUUGUUAACUUGAAGGCUGAUACAGUGGCGUGUCUUCUUAGUUUUACUUUGUGGGUACCUGUACGUAAAAGUGAGAUGAGCAGUGUCUAGUGACUGGGGACACAGAUCAUAUAGUCAGUCAAAUAUUGUAAAAUAAUAUUAGUUUCCACAAGUAAUAUCAGCAAAUUUGCUAGCAUUUCAGCAAUAUUGAAAAACAUUCUUGAACUUAGAGUGUCUGUUGAACUGUUGUUCAAAGUAUGACUAAUUUAUUUUCAAUCCCGAUCAGAAAAUCGAGCAAAGCAGUUUUCAUUUCAGCCACAACUGUGCAGCACUAUAGUAAUUAAAUUGAGUUAAUGCUGCUGAAACUGAAUACCAUUCUCAGGGGAAAGCAGAGCCUCCUUAUACUAAUUAAAUUAAGCCACUGGGAAGGUUUUUUAAAGCAAAAAAAAAAAAAAAAUCCCAGCCUAAAACAGACCUGACAUUGCUUGUGUUAUCCUGGCGAGAGCGUUCUUCAUUUGCGAACAUGAAGCUCUCCUUGAGCUGCAAACACGACAGUCGCUGCUCCCUCGGGGGUGCAAACAAGAAUCAAAUUCUGCAGCUGCUCCUGCUCACACAGUGACAGAUUGGCUUUUGUUGAUUUAGUGAUAUUACCUGUGGCUCUCUUCUCAGUCAGAAGGGAACUACUCUAAAAUGAAGCUCAUUUAAAUAUAAAAGUAGAAACCUAAGCAAGCACUGUAGGAGCCGAGCCUUGGUGAAGAGUCGGGGGCCCGCGGGGACACGCAAGACUCACCUGUGCCUAAUUGUAUACAGCACAUGUGUCUGUUCCAGGAUGUCCGGUUAGAUGAGCCCAUUGUCCUGCUAAAUGUCUGCAAAGCCUAUGCAUUUUUAGAGUUUUAUUUACUCCCAAAAGGGGAAAGUCUUCAAGCAGGAUGAAUCUCCAGCAGAGCUAGUGCCAAGUCCACAAAACAGCCUUUGUAUUUCUUAGUGAAAGAGAGCACUGCAUAUAAAUUAUUAAAAAGUAUUUGUAAAUUAUUUUUUAUUAUUUUACUUAAGCCAGUGUUUCCUAGAUGCCAGGUAAUGAAAGAAAGUUGACAAGAAAGGGGAAAAUAUAGCUCCUCUUCAAGGCUGCAGAUACUUUUGUAGAUUGGCGCCUCCCAAUGGCUGUGAGAGGUAACUGUUAGACUUUUUCAGACCUGAGAGAGAGACACUGCAGUUGGGAAACUUCUGUGCGGCGGUCCCAUUGUGUCAUUUAGGUUAAGACGGGUCUAUUUUUAUAUAAUUACUAUAUCUUGUCCAGCACGGCUUUAAAUAAAAAGCAGAAGCUCCUCUAGUGUCUUUCCUUUCCCAAGAAACUGAACGACCCUCCUGUAAUUAUUUCAGGCCUUAAAGUCGAGCUCCAUUUCCAUUUUGUUGUUAUUGCUCCGGCUAUGGUUUCUAGCAUUUGCAUAUGUUUAUGUUGAAAGAUAUUAACUGCAGUAUCUAUAACUGCAGGAACAGUGGGAUUUUCUUUGUGUAAAUUUUUCCUCAACAGCACAGACUUGAGUAUGCUGUGUGUUUGUGGCUCAUGAAAUUACCUCAGUUAAUGUAAUGCAGUUAACAGAACCUAAAAAUAUCUAAAGUUAUGUUCCUUCUGAGUACUGUGGUAGUGAAACAGAUGUCUUGGUGCAGUGGGACAGAUUUCUUGAUGAGAACAAGGACAUAGUUCAACUGCUGUGGAGGAAGGGCACAAUAUGACGUUGUUGUUACGUAGCACUUUUUCCAAAUCAUCUAGAAAGUGUAAAUGUUGUUUUAAUUUUACUCCAAUUAGGUGCAAUUUUUAUUCAUUUGAAGAGACAAACCUACAGAUAACCGGUAACCUACAGAAGACAGGAAAUGGAAAUCUUCCCACACCUUAUCGAAAAUUAAAAAAAAAAAAAAUACCAGUAGGGUUAUUUUAUUCAUAUUUUGCGUCUUUGUAUUCUACUACGAGAUUAAAAAAAAUGAAAUAUAUGCAAAUGAGGCUUUUUUCAGCAUAAUAGACACAGCUUUUAUUAUUUUUAUCUUCCAAGUCUUGUCCGACUACAAUCCAGCAGAAAUAUAACAUCCAUAAACAAGUUAUUUUUGCAAGUUUAGAGAAGAGUUGAUACAGAAAUCUUGUAUGUACCGAUCAAAAUGUAAUUUUUCAAAUUUUUAGUUAAGUGCUCUUGACAAAAGCAGGUUUGUCACCAAGUGUGUCAGCGCCUCCAUGUUGUGUUGUCCUCCCUGUGUUGUCCUCCCUCUGGCAUUACAGGCUGUUUUGGAUGAUGAGCCCAUGCUGUGAGUGGAUGUGUGUAUAUAAAUUUCUUGUGUAAAGCAUUUCGGUGAACUGUUGUGCAUCAGGAGAGGAAACAUGAUAUUUCCUUUUGGCGUCAUGCUGCAUCAGGGGGAGUGCAGAUUAUUCAAAUGAGGAAAUGGGUUUGGUUUCCCUGAGAGUCAGUACCUCCUCCCCCUCCUCUGUCCUGUGACUUAAAACCCAGAGUCAAAGAACUCCAGAGCUCAGCAGGGCAGCAGCUGGAUCUCCAUGUGUCCUGCUCAUGGCUGGUGAAGGCUGAAGAAGAGCAGAGAAGAUUAUUGGAUGACUUUCUGGGACUUUCUGUCUUCCCUCCACCUCUAUUGGAGCCUCACUGUUGUCUGCAGACAGAGGGGACCUGGUCGUCUCUCCCAGCCCCGACUACUUGCCCCAAUUUCUGUCUUCCUGGAGCUGAAACCCUUCACCUCGGCCUCACAAUGGACAGGCGCCUUCUGACCCAAGUGACGCUUUGCAUUGCUUUUUGCUGUGCUCUUCCUACAGAGUUGCUCCUCAGCCCAAGCCAACCUCGCUGUGUCAUCACUGCUUAUGAAAAAAUGACCUGCCACUGGACGCCCCAGAACAACUCUCCCUCGGACACUGUCUACACUUUAGAGGUUAACAAAACAAGCCCUUUUAUGUCGACGCCCUUCUUCAGCUGUGCCAGGAUCAGUCAGACACACUGCUCCAGCAACAUAACUUCUCCUGACCGCAACUUCUGCGUCAGGGUCAUUACUCACAGCACUCCAGAGGCCAGCUCACCCACUCUCUGCAUCAAUGGCAUGGAUAUUGUGAAGCUGCGCAGGCCGGUCCUGUCUGAUCUAAGGUCAGCCAAAGUCAAGCCCAGGUGUCUGGAGCUGUUGUGGCAUCAGCCUAAAGGUUUUGCUCCGAGCCGUAACUCAAUCUGUUCUGACUCUGUGGAAUACGAGCUACAAUACAACACAGAUGAUCAGCCUGAGUCCCAGACAGUGCAGGGUAAUCUGGGACAGCAGCAGGAUAGCAAGCAGUGUAAAGAGACUCUGGAGAAAAACAAGGUGGUCCGUCUUGGAGGCCUGUGUUCUUUCAGCCCAUUCACACAGUACCAUGUCCGACUCCGCCAGCGCUAUGCCAGUGUCUUGAGUGACUGGAGUGACUGGAGCGACCAAGUGCAAAGCUGCACUGGGAUGGAAGCACCAGCUACUGCCCCACAACUCUGGAGAAGCAUAAAGCCCGCAGACACUCCUCACCAGAGAAAGGUGACUCUCCUGUGGAAGUCUCCUCCCAAGAGUCAGACAGCUUGUGCCAGCCUGUGGUUUAAUGUGUCCUGCCAGUCUGGAAACUCCCACAAUGCUUUGCAAACUGAAAGCUGCCUGAGCGUGACAAACACUUCCUGUGAGCUGAUCCUGCCCGUGACGCGCUCCUCCUGCUCUCUGACCAUGUCCAACUCAGCUGGCACCUCCCCUGCAGCCCGGGUCACGCUGCACGCCCCCACAGACACAGUGCUCAGAGCCAUGAAAACGAUCAGCGUGGAAGCCUUGAGCGACUCCACGCUGAAGGUCAGCUGGUCGGCGGUCAACCAUUCCUCACCCACUGGCUUCCUGAUUGAGUGGGAGUCAGCAUCAGAAACAGCUAGUCAUAGUUUACACUGGCAAAGACUGAGCCAUGAGACCAGCAGCAUGGUCAUCACUGAUCUCCUGCCGGAAGUGCGAUACAUUGUGAGUGUAAGGCCCGAGUUUGGCAAUGAGAGCGGUGAAGAAAUUUCAAACCAGACCUACACCAGACAAGGAGUGCCCUCUACUGGCCCCAGGCUGCACGUGCAGGAGCAGAGCAGCAGCGCCAUUCUCCUGGUGUGGGAGCCUCUCCCUGUGAAGCAGCAGCACGGCUUCAUCACCAAGUACAGCCUCUACUGCCAGAGGGAGGACAACACAACAAAUGAGGUGUACAUAGUGCCAGGUGACAAGCUGCACUAUCGUCUGAGCGGUCUGUCUGGAGUCUACAGGAUCCACAUGACAGCUCACACUGUGGCAGGAGAGGGGCGUCCCAGGCCGCCUCUCUGGGUCACUGUAGUGGAGGACUAUUCAGUCAGGAACAUCCUGUUUUGUGCUGUCCCUCCUCUGUUUGCUGUGGUUUUGCUCCUGCUCAUUGUGUCAUCGAGACGGAGGAUAAGGCAGAGUAUCUGGCCCCAAGUUCCCGACCCCGCCCUCAGCAGCCUGAGAGCCUGGACCUCCAACAUUGGACAUCCCAAGAAAAACUUUUAUUCUGAAGGGAUGGAACACACGUCCAUAUGUGAUGCACUGCAAGACGAAGAGUAUUGUUAACACUACUGGUUUUUCCUGACUGAAUACACUGGGAAAAAUAAAUAUAGGCACACAUAUCUGACGAAUAGCAUGUGCUGAUGUAUUCUGUGCUUGUGGAACUUUUAUCAUCCUGCUGUAGACCAAAUGUAAAGCACUGUAUUGUAGCCUCAAGAUACCUUUUAUACCUCUGCUCAGCUGUCACAGACUGGCAGCUCUUCUGCAGGAUCAAGAAGACAGUCUGUCUGUCUGAGAGUAAUUACUUUCCUCAAGUCUCUGCUGCUGGGCCACUUUAUUUGUGUUUUGAGUUAGAGUUUCACCUUUAAGCUGCCUAUGAAAUGUGUAUGUGACAUUUCUCCUUAUUAAAAGAAUGAUGACCAAUAGAUUAAAACAUGUAAGGGCAAUA